AGUUAUACGGGAGGGUCGACAAAAAGGAAAGAGGGUCGUCGUGGCGAGUCCGGACGGCGCGUGUGCAUGGUCCACCUGUGCAGGAGGGAACCUAGCACCUGUCACCGUACGCGCGCACCGCUGCUAGGUGCCCUCGUCAGGUCGCCGGCAGGUAGAUGGGCAGGGGCGCGUGCCACCCCUCGUCUAACAUCAGUCGAACUUAUUCGAGCGCACGGUGUACACGGACGCCUUCGUGGCAGCCGCCAGUCGCUUAUUUCGCACGUACGCGCGUACGUUAUACGUUGUUCCCUUUACGUUGCUCCACACGGCGCGUUGUUUUAAUUAUUGAAAUAAUUUCGAUUCCGAUACCGCGCGCGGGUAACGUUUCCACGAACGAACCCCGAACGGAUGACGCAUUAUCCAACGAGGGAAGAGAAAGAGAGAGAGAGAGGGAGAAAGAUACAGAGGGCAUUUCUUCGCGAGAGCUACGUGUCCCUGGUCGAUGCAAUCUAAUUUCGCGGUAAACGCAACGUAAUACUAACGCGCGAGACGUCGCAACGUGCCAGUGAAUCACGAGUUUUGCGCAUCAAGAGAGCGGUUCCAGGAAUUGCAAUUAGAAUUCCGCAUCAUUCUGUCGAACGGAUACCCCCGUACGUACGGCGAGUACAGUGAACAGUUGGUGUUGGCGCAGAAAAGUGCACAAAAAGCGCUCACCGCGCUUGCACAACCGGGUGAUGAAAGACGGCGAAAAUGAGGAUAGACCUGGCGGAAGUUGAAGUAUCGACGGAGGAGAGCUCGCCCGUUGACGCCACCGCCGCCGUCACUGCCGCAAUGGACAGCGGCAGCAUGGACAGCGUGGAUGAUCAUGACGGAGUCGAGGCCGAGCUGACAAGCCUCUCCUGGCUGCAAUCGUUGGACAUCACCAGCGCGUCUGGCCUGCCCACGCCACCUUGCUCGCCGUUGCCGCCACCGAUUGCCCGUAAACCCCCGAAGAAGCUGUCGCCCUUAGUCAAGGCCGAGCUAGAUCUCGCGGAGAACGCUGAGAAGUAUCGAACGGAUCCCGACGCGAAGCCGCCGUUCUCUUACGCCACUAUUAUCUGCCUUGCGAUGCGCGCGAACAACAAUAAGGUCUCCCUUUCGAACAUCUACGCGUGGAUCCGAGAGAAUUUCCUGUUUUACAAGUACGCCGAUCCGGCCUGGCAGAAUUCGAUUCGGCACAAUCUCUCGCUGAACAAGUGCUUCGUGAAGUUGCCACGCUCGAAGGACGAGCCGGGUAAGGGCGGUUUCUGGAAGCUGGACCUUAAGAGAAUGGAGGAGGAAAAGCGAUCUAGACGCCGCCCGGUGGUCUCCCAGCGGAUUCGGGGCCCGAAGAAGCAGUCUCCGUCCACGACGACGACAGCGUCAGCGACGACGACGACGACGAAAACGGUGACGGCAACAGCGACCCUCAAUGCUCUUCAGGCUAACAGCAGCUGUACGCCGCCCACCAGCUGCCUAUCUAGCACCCUAUACGAGACGCCGCCAAGCAGCGUGUCGCCCCCGAUUCCGGACAGCCUGUCGGAAGUGCCGGAAUCAACGCAGGUGAGCUUGAGCGAGGACGACUUCACGAGCUUGCUGAUUGCCGGCUGGGAUGAGAAUAAUCAGCUGGAGCUCCUCGACCUCCUGGAUACCCUCUAAACCGCGACGGUCCCCUCGCAAACGCCUCUCAGGAAUCAUCGGCUCUUCGAACGGGACGAACGUGCUCGUUUCUCGUCUGCAACAACACACGGUUGUUCGAUCACUGUAAGGAUCGCUGAUGACUGAAGCUACUGACAGCCACGAGACAGUCGAAACGAUUCGCUUGAUUCGCAUGCCGCGUUUCGCGACCCUGGAGACCUGCAGACGAGCGACGUUCUUUCCGACAACGAAAGGAAUUAGUCAUCCGUAAGCAUACAGUUCUUGUAUCAUAAACAUCGACCGCCCGUUUGGACACUUAUUUUCGACGCACCGUUCAUCCGCUCCAUGUGUCUUGCACCGAUCAGAUCUUGCUUUCCUUUUCCCAGUUAAUCUCAAUUAUCCUCGUUAAUUGCCGAUCCUCUUCUCGUGUCGUUAGAUAUCCUUCUUCUGUAUUCUUCAUUUCGAAAUUCCUCUUCGCUCGGAGGACGCCUCCUCGCGCUGAAACGAUUCACACGUCGUGCGUUGGAAUAAUUAAUUAACGUGUUAGCGUGUGUCUUUUAUUACUUCUUAAGUAGCGCGCACUUUAUAUAUUCAUAUAUAU